GUUCAGUCGACGGUCUGACUGCAAACAAGAAGCAUCGCAGGUUCAGAGGGAGUGUCAGCUUCUGUCAGGACUCUGAGUAACUUUGUUCUGGACUCGUUUUUUUCUUUUCUUUUUCUUUUUGUGGACGUUUUAAUCCUCCUCCUCCACAUUUCUACAUUUAUUGUCUUUUUAAAUGUUUGAUAAAUUUUUUUCUUAUUACAUUUUUCACAUUGAUUUCUCAUGUGUGAUGGCUAAUGUGUCAUCGGUUGAUGUGGGAGUUUUGUUUCUGAUCGUGGUGGCAGCAUCUCUGGCCAACGGUUCAUCAUCCACCAAAGAUGUGAGCCAGAGGAGGGAGAUGGAAGUGGUCAAGCUGAGCGAGAAGCCGCUGCCCGGCGGUGAGGACGACCUCGGUGCCGGCCCAGCUGAUUCCCAAGGCGGCGAGGUGAAGCCCUGCUCUGCCUGCGACCCACCGACGGCCAAGAAACGCUCCAAGAGGUGCACGUGUUACACCUACAAAGACAAGGAGUGUGUGUAUUACUGCCACCUGGACAUCAUCUGGAUCAACACACCAGAGCACACUGUACCAUAUGGGAUGUCCAGUUACCAGGGUUCCCUGCGUAUGAGGCGCUCUGCUGGGACCAAACGGACGAUGACAGGGAUGGAGGCCCAGCGCUGUGUUUGCACGCUGCAGACCGACUCAGGCUGCAGCAGCUUCUGCAUAAACAGCAGACAGAGGGGUUCACCUCCAGAGGCGCCUAAAGCAAACAACAGGUCGGAGCCUCUUCAUAAUGGACCUGCUCCGAAAUGAACAUGUAAGAAGUGACGGAUUGAGAGGUGGACGUAAACAUGGCAUCCUGCUUUUCUGGGAACAGCGUGUAUGUCUGCAUUUCUGACAUGUUUUGUUCGUGUCCUCACAUGAGACUAAUGGAUGAACACCCACAAAGCUGCUUGCACAAAAACUGAAAUCGAGGGGUUCUGGUCGGGAUGCUGAUGGACUGUGUCCCCCUCGUCCCCUACGGCGCUCUCUGCCUGUGUCUGUUGGACAGGUGAUGUUUUUCAUCAUCCCGUCACAACCGGGGAUCUGUUACAUGGCCGCUUUAGGUGGACCGUAAAAGACUUUUGAUGGAGCGUGUGCGUUGCGUCAUACAUGUACGCGUCAUGUGAUGAGGAGGCCGCUUGGAGAGCCGCCGUCAUCCAGCCCCGCCACCACAACGUCCACAGAAGAAACGCAUCACAUGGCUUUGGUUUCUCUACAGGGACAACAUUUAAUCUGCCCGUCAACACGCCGUCACAGUCAAGAACUCAGCAUCACUAUUUGUACAAACUUCGUCACAGCCACUGAAACAUACAGGAUGUCGUCAUGGUUACAUGCUUGUACCCCUUGUGACUGUUUGUAGUUGUUUAAAAAAAACGCAUGACAUGUUUUCAUUUUAUAAUCGUUGUCUUAUAAGCUGAAUCCGCAUCAAAGUCUUGUGUAUACGAAAUAUGUGUCAGUAUAUGUAGGCUAUAAAUUAUAUUUUCAUACAAUACCUACAGUGUAUGUACAAUAAAGGUGUAUGAUAAGAUGUUGUACAUAAAAGUAUAUAUAAUAUGUGAUCAUAAUCAACAGUUUUAUAUAGUAAAGAAUAGAAAAACUGUGUACCGUUGGAUACAUGUACUUAUUGACUGUCUUUUCCUGAUGGUUUAAUCAGGAAGGAUGCUGCCUACAGCGGCUAAAGCUGGUGAUUUGUUGGUGGUUUCUCCAGAGACGCGCAGGACAAAAGGAGGACAUGGAUUCCUUGCUUCAUGUUUGAAACGAUGCACACGUGGCUUUAUUUAAACAUAUUUAAAAUGCAUAUUUUACCCAUUGAAUGUAGCUGGAAGAAUAUUAAAGAAUCACAGUAUUUUUUACACGCCAGACGGAUCAAUCAUGUUCGGUACAGUGGGUUUAGAGACCUCCUUUCACAUCUGGAGAUACUGAAUUAAGCUGGCUGUAGCCCAUGUGUGUCCUGAUUAAAACCAGUGUACACAUCGUCCUAUAUUUCACAAGUGGAUAUGCAAACACGUGCAGGAUCACACCAGCUCUCUGCAGCUGUGCAUAUAUCUCUUUACUUGUGUCAGUACACGAUGCAAAGAUAAAACAAUGCCUGCAUUCAGGAUGCCUCCUAGUCACAUAAUACCCCAUGGUGUUCAUAUAAACUGUAGGGAGGAUGUAUUUAAAGGGAUUACCAACCAACAGCAACCCAUAGUGUUGGUUGAAGCCCUGUGUAGUGCAGGAAAAAAAAAAAGAGUUUCCAUCUUAUCACAAUCCAGUAGUUAAUAUUUACUUUUUGUUCUAGACGACGUGGUGUGAAGCUGCUGUGGUCACAUGUCAACACCUAAUGUUUUACCAUCAUCCACUAAAGUACCAGUAAACACCAGCCACAAUAAUGAAGAAGUGACACUGAUCUGUUGUAAACAUUCGUACCUGCAACCCUGCUGAACCUUGUGCACCUGAAAUGAAACAGAACACUAAUAAAUCCAUUGUAGUCACAGCA